AUGACUACACGGGCAAUCGUCCUGGGUCCGUGCAAGAGCACCAAGAUAUUCAGCCGGAGCAUCUCGAGAUCAGGACGUGCUGGAGGCUUUCGGACAUUCUCGACGACUCCAUCAAGAGCAAUGGCCAUGGCCGGCAAGUUGAGAAUCGGAUUUGUGCCUGGUAAGAACGAUGCAUGCGUGUCGGAGCUCUGCUGACCAACUUUCUUUAUAAACGCAGAGCACUUUAGCACUCCUCUCGCCUUCGCGCAACGCCAUUUCAACCUCAAUGCGGACCUCAUCCCCUUCCCGACCGGCACAGGAGCGCUCGCAAGCGCCCUCAAACAACCCUCCGCAGACGACGGCAGUAUCGACGUGGCGAUUGGUCUAACAGAAGGCUUCGUCGCCGACCUCGGCAAAGCAAAAGCGUCGGGCACGCCCUCCUCCUACGGUCUCGUCGGCACCUACGUCGAGAGUCCGUUAUGCUGGGCCAUCUCCACAGGUGCCCAGCGCUCCGACAUCACCUCCGUCUCCAGCCUCAAAGGCUCCAAAGUCGGCGUGAGUAGGAUCGGGAGCGGGAGCUAUGUCAUGUCCUUCGUCCUCGCGGACCAACAAGGCUGGCUCGCCUCCAAGGAACCCUUCUCCGUCGCACCGAUUGGAGACUUCGCCGCUCUGCGCAAGAGCGUGAACGAGCAGACGAGCGAUUUCUUCAUGUGGGAACACUUCACCACCAAACAUUUCUGGGACAAUGGGGAGAUCAAGAGGAUCGGGGAGAUUUAUACACCCUGGCCCUCGUGGGUCAUUACGGCGAGAGAUGCCAAGGAUGGAAGGGUUGAGGAGAUGUUGGGGAAGAUCAAUGCGGGCGUGAGACACUAUCGGGAGAAUAGGGAGGAGGCGGUGGAGUAUAUUACCAGUACGAUGCAUUACUCGAAAGAGGAUGCGCUGGAGUGGAUGAAAACUGUGAGGUUUGCGGAAGAUGUGAAGGGUGUCAAGGCGAGUAUGGUGGAUCAUACCAUUGGCAUCUUGCGAAAGGCGGGUGUCUUGGAUGAGAGUGCUGGGGGGAGUGAGCACAUGAUCCACAUUCAGAAGGAAGAGGAGCAGAAUAUCGGCAAUCCUGCAGACGUAUGA